UAUGUUUAUCGUCGAUAACUGCUCAGUAUAUAACGGACAGUCAUCGUGUUAAGAUCUCUUCACAAACAUGAGCAAAACACGCAAAAGGAUGCCCUCCUAUCGGCCUUGGGGCUCGACGGAGGAUGGUCGGAUAGAAUUUGAAUCUUUAACAGACGAGACCUUGGAAGGUGCCCUCAACGUGAUAAGGAAGAGCUUCUUCGUCUACGAGUCCGUGUCUAAAGCCGUGGACUUGAAUUCUGAACCAGGAGCAUGCGAGGAAAUUGAAGAACUUUGUUUGAAUGCAGCUAAGGAUGGCGUCAGUGUAGUGGCUAUCGAUAUCACCAGUAACGAGGUUGUUGGCGUCUGCUUCAACAAAAUUCAAGCAUUCGACAGCAGUUCGGAGAAAAGCUACUUUGAGAGUUUCAGCGACAACUGCCGAUAUAAAUCAUCCAAGGCUUUGGUGGACUUUAUGAUAAACGUAGACUCGAAGAUAAAUCUCUUCAAGCAUUACAAUGUCAGUUGCAUCCUCGAGCUCAUGACCCUGGCGACUCAUCCCGCUUACGGGAAACGAAGAAUAGGUGAGCUGCUAAUCGUCUCAUCAUUAGAGCUCGGCAAGGAACUGAGACGCGGUAAAAAUGUGAGGACACCUGUCACGAUACACGGUAACGACGAGCUGACAAACGCCGACAAGAAGCCAACCUUGGCUUCCGCGAUUAUGACGUCCAAGUACUCGCAACGAAUCGCCGCGAAACUCCAUUUCGAUCAGUUGAUGGAAAUUUCCUACGACAAAUUCGAAUUCGACGGUAAGAAGUUCAGCGAGAAAAUAGACCAGGAACACCAAAAGUGCGUCUUAGUGGCCAAGACACUCGCGUAGUCGAUAAUCGCGCAAUUUUAGCAUUUCCGUAGACAAAAAUCGUGAUUUUGUUACGUCUUUGCAUUGACUUUCCGACUAUCUCUCAUUAUCUCGAAUUUUCAGCUCACACAUUAAAAAAAUUAUACAUAAUAUAGUAUAUAAAAAUAUGAUACAAUAAUAUGCAUUUAUAAUGCUUAUGUUAUAUAAUAUCAUAAGUGUACAAUAAAAUCAAAUUUUAUACAAGACCUCAAAAUGUGCGUUAUAUAUACGAUAGAAAACUUAGAGAAGCAUACACAUCAUUUAUCUGCAUCUUCAGAAUGCAUGAGAGGGUCAAUGGAUGAUUCAUCUCCCGAAUAUUUUCGUCCAAGAGAUAUCUUACAGCAAGAUACUAAAAGAACGAUGUCGGAGCGCGAGCGAGAGAUAACCCUUCUCUAAAUGCUGAAAAGUUAAUUAAACACCUAAACAUAUGUUUGUCAUCUGUUCAAUAUAUUAACAUACAAAGUUGCAAUAU